AUGGGACUGUGCGGGCUUGACGCUCAGUGCAAAGCUCACUUUCCGGCGGGCCUUUCAUCAGCGCUACGUGGCCUAAUCGAAAAGUUUGACACGGACAAAAACUCAACGUGUGCUACACUGGUAAAUCGCGACGAGCCGGACCUGCCGCCUUCGUAUAUGCUCCGAUUUAUGCUGGGGACGCUGAUGGGUGACGCGUCGACGCGAACACUGAUUCCGCCUGCUAUCUACAGACUGAGUCGCUGCAAUGCAAAGGAUGUGGAGGUCAUGACGCAAUUGUUCAAGUCUGUACAGACAGCGAGUACGUCGGCGAACGAGGACACGCACUUUUCGUUCCUACUGUACUACCUCAUCGUGUACUCCGAGUACUGGGAGACGCCAGCGCCGUCGCGAGCUGAGAUGGAGUCGCGCAUGAACGGCUCGACUAUCGUCACCAGAGCUACUUUUCGUCAAGCGCUUCCUCUGUACUGCGCUGUGUCGAAGGAAAAAUCGGUGGCUUGUGACGAGUUCAACUUCGGCAACUACGACGCCGGCGCGUUGAGCUAUCAACGUGACCAGUACUGGAACAAGCCUGCGACUCUCCCAAAUGACGCCAGUGUACUGUUAUUGAGCGAGUAUCUGGUUGAAGCUCUCGGCACCAGCAAGAAAGAGCUGGUCGCUCUCGACUACGUGGAUCACGAUGUCGUGUAUUCGAGUCUUCUAGGCAGUGGCAAGGACCCCGUCCUAACCUGCGGUCUACAGCUGCUGGUGUCAUACAUCAGCAACAAUGGCGACCUGGAGCGCCUCAACCGAACGUGCGUGAAUGAGAUGCCCGCGUUUAACCUGACGGUGCCGACGUACGAGCUGCACAACCUUCUGAGCACGGACGACGGAUACGACGGCGUGUUCAAGCCGGAGUUGAGCUCCAGUUAA